AUGGGAAUGAUACCAACUUGGCCUCUGGUCCUGUUUGCUUUCGUGGCAUAUAGGCUGGCCAUUGUUCUCUACAACCUUUGUAUACAUCCGUUGAGAAAUGUUCCGGGCCCGUGGUACUAUGCUGUUUCAUGGCUUCCAAAAUUUUAUCGCCAAGUCUACAAGGCUGAUUAUUGGAGACAUGCGAAAUAUCUCCAUGAAAAGUAUGGUCCUGUUGUAAGAGUUGGGCCAAACGAACUCUCCUUUUGCUCGCCCCAAGCUUUAGAAGAGAUAUACGGCGUUAAAACUCGGGGAAAGCUCGAGUUUCCCAAAGAUGCAGUUUUCUACGAUGUACGGCAUACCCCUCUCAAUGACUCCAUGAUCUCCGCCGACAAGCCUACGCAUCGCGCGCUGCGUCAUCAAGUGGCUCCUGCCUUCUCAGAAAAAGCUCUCAAGUCGCAAGAACCUAUCAUUCAGAGGUACGCCGACAUGUUUAUUUCAGAGCUGCGCGACAGAAUCAAUCAAGACGUUGACAUUGUUGACUGGGUCACGUUUGCUACGGCUGAUGUGAUGGCUGAUUUGUCGACCGGCGAAUCACUGUACUGCCUGGAGAAGGGCGAGAUGGAUCCCUUUGUUGAUAUGAUCUUGCAUGUAUCUCCCUUCAUUGGUCUGCUGCAGCUUUUCAACAGGCUGCCGCUGACCAAGUUUCUUUACAAGAUGGUGUCCUCUCAGAAAGGCUUGAAGACCUGGCUUGAGACCGUAGACAUCGUCGCGCAAAAAGCGGAGAAACGAGAGAAGAUGGGCAACGAUCGUCCGGAUUUCAUGACCAUGAUCUGGACUGAGAACGACGACCGAGAAUCGUGGACUAGGGACAAAAUCAUCAACUUCGCUCAGCUUCUCUUCUUUGCCGGUAGUGAAACUUCAGCGACCACCCUGUCCGUGGUAACGUUCUAUCUCCUGACUAAUCCACAUGCAUAUGAGAAGCUGGUCGAUGAGGUUCGGUCGAUCGAGCAUGAUGAUGAGAUCACAUUUGCAAGAUUGGCGUCAAUGGACUAUCUGACGGCCUGCAUUGAUGAAGGAAUGCGUAUGCGUCCAGUUGUUGCAGCAGUUAUUCCACGUGUCGGUCCUCCUGGCGGAGCUACAGUUGACGGUUACUUUGUUCCGGAAGGGACUACUGUUGGUGUUCCGCAGUGGGCAACACAUCACAUGGACUCCAAUUUCUCCGAGCACACGUCAUACUUGCCCGAGAGAUGGCUGAAGUCCUCCGUUGAUGAUCCACGUUUCGCCGCAGAUCAGAAAGGAGCUUUCCAACCUUUCUCGAAAGGCCCCAGAAACUGCUUGGGCAAAGGAUUUGCGUAUGGUAUGAUGCGUAUGUUUCUGGCAAAACUUAUUUGGCACUUUGACCUGGAACUCAAGCCCGAGGACCGUGAUUGGGAUAGGUAA